CAGUGCACAUGGAUGGUAACCACAUUAAAUGUGUCCCGUAUAGACGAGGCACCCUUUCUAGGCAGUACAUAACGUCCACUCCACUCUCUGUAAAACUCUACUAUCUUGUUAAACACUAAUUCCCAGGUGUUUGUGUUUAGACAGGCUUGCCAACUUUGUAAACUUUGAGAUGACACCUGAUGAAGUCUUCCUGGCAGGCUGGUGAUUCGUGAACUUUGACCAUACUGCUGACCAAGGAAAAAUCUGCUUGUCAGAGAAAUGACGAGUGCAUCAGACACUCUGCACUGUCAAGUGGGGUGUUGAUGGUUCCCAGUCUCAACAAUCACCGUGUGGUCUUACCCUGUACAGUGGAGGAGUAUCAAGUGGGUCAGUUGUACUCCGUAGCAGAGGCCAGUAAGAAUGAGACGGGCGGAGGAGAGGGCAUCGAGGUCCUUAAGAAUGAACCCUAUGAGAAGGAGGGCGAGAAAGGACAGUACACACACAAAAUCUACCAUCUGAAGAGUAAAGUCCCAGCGUUUGUCAAGAUGAUAGCUCCUGAGGGCUCCCUGGUCUUCCAUGAAAAGGCCUGGAAUGCUUACCCUUACUGCCGAACCAUUGUAACGAAUGAGUAUAUGAAAGACGACUUCAUCAUUAAGAUUGAGACAUGGCACAAACCUGACCUAGGCACAGUAGAAAACGUGCACAAGCUGGACGUGCCCACAUGGAAGAGUGUGGAGGUGGUUCCCAUUGACAUCGCAGAUGGGGAACAAGUGGCCCCUGCUGACUACAAGGCAGAUGAGGACCCUGCUCUGUUCAAGUCAGCUAAGACUGGUAGAGGACCCCUGGGACCCAACUGGAAGAAGGAGCUGGUUAGUAAGGCUGACUGCCCGAGGAUGUGUGCCUACAAACUGGUCACUGUCAAGUUCAAGUGGUGGGGCCUGCAGAACAAGGUGGAGAGCUUUAUUCACAAGCAAGAGAAGCGCAUCUUCACGAACUUCCAUCGCCAGCUGUUCUGUUGGAUUGACAAGUGGGUGGAGCUGACUAUGGAGGACAUCAGGCGGAUGGAGGCGGAGACCCAGAAGGAGCUGGAGGAGCUUCGCAAACAAGGUCAAGUACGAGGAACCAGUGCUGCCGAUGCCGAAUGAGAUGGAGGGUUUUAAACAGAGAUGAAGAGUGAAGAUGAAGAAUUUCGACGUGUGCUCCCUGCGUGCCACCUUUUUACCUUACUGAUUCAGGAUGAGGAGGACCAGGGCUCUGCUCCAAUCGCUCAAUAGACCAGCACCCUGACCUACCUGCAUCCAAUUAUAGACAUUCUAUCCACAGAAUAAUUGAUUUGUAGAAAGUGACACGAUCAUAGCUUGUAAUUUUGAUCUCCUAAAGACAUUAUCAAGAAGUAAUGACCUCAGUAAAGCCAGCUACCACCACCAUGUUGUUGAUAGACUAGUCCCUCUAUCUUCUCUUGAUAGACGCUUAGAGGGCUGCUUGGUUGUUGAGAGAUUAAUAUUUUCAAAGCAUUUAAUUGGCAUGAUUCCCGUAUCGCAGGUGUUGGACCUGUAUUUUGUUAUUCCAGUCGAGUAGGAUCGUUCCUCUGUGGUCUGUUGCCUUGCCCAUUUUAAUUUUUUUUUCCUUUGUAUUCGUUGAUAUUUUCCCCAGAUCAUUCCUUUCAUGUCCUCUUCUAGCUGUUCAUAACUCUAUGGUUUUCCAUUAGCUGGCGAAAGAGAUCCUGUCAGUGUGUUCUCCAAAAACGUGUCCCUUCCUGCCAUGGCGUUCAUUAAGAGAUUACUGACACCCUCGGCACCUGUGCCCAUCCUAAUAUUUCCCCCUCCCUCUGCAUCUUAUUAACACUCUGAUGAUCUUGUCCACACAGGUAUUUCACACUCACUCCCAUGCAAAUUAACACAAACACACACUCAUAUGCACAUGUAGACCCGCGCACACACACAGGUGUGAAUGCCUUUGUGGUGGCUGAUUUCUUCCAAGCUCAAGCUGGGCAGAUCCCUGCAGGAUCCUUCAACUGAAGGGAAGUGGCUGUUGGAGUGUUUGGAGCUGUCACUGUUUUUCCCACACUCUCCAUUCUCCAUACGCUCACACUCAGUCAAUCCGCUCCUCCCCAGCGGAUGUCCCCAGAGCGAAACCGCACUGAAAAACAGUCACAGAUGGCGCUACACCCUUCCAGUCUCUGUCACGCACUGCUCACCCCACCCUGCAGUCCACCACCCCAGUAGCCUGCCUGUCUGUCUGCCUUAUUCCUGUGGAUCUCUGGGACCGUGUUCUGCUGCAGGUCGUAUCCUGCUGAACAGGGGCAUCAGGUCAACAGACACCCAGCACCACCCUAGCCCAGACCAGGCUACCACCCUAGCCCAGACCAGGCCACACCUGACUGAGCCUGUUUACUGUCGCAGCUGCCACCCUACCUACUCACUCAGCACUACACUGCCUUACUGUACCUAUACAGUACCCCCACAUGACAUACUGUACCUCCACUCUGUCAUCUACCCCUUUACCUCUUUGCCAGACUGGGGGUCUGCUUCUGGGUGCUAACGAGCACCACCAUGCCUUCUGGCUCCACACGGGCACCAGUUAGGAACCACUCCGUAGUAUUUUAGGAUUUACAACAGGGACACUGAUCAACAGAGGGUAGAACAGGGAUGGUCCUCGGGGGCCUGAGUUGGUCUCUCACUUGCACCAGCUAACACACCUGACUCCACUAAACAGCUAAUCAUGCAAGAAUUAGAAUGCAAUUUGUUUAAUCCGCUGUGCUUGCUAGGGAUGGGGGGUGACACUACUCUGGCCCCUGAGAACUGGAGUUGCCCAUCCCUGGGGCAGAUGAAGGGCUUGAAUGGUUUGCAAUGACUUUAAGAUCUGUUUUAGUUUAACCACACAAUGUGCUCAAGGUCCUAAUGCAUGUUUGUUCUAUUGAACUGUGGUGGGGUGAUUAUUCCCUGCCAUGAUACUGUACUGAUGUAGACAACAGCACUCUCCAGCAGCAAGCCGGUCGGACAGUUCCGUGCUGGAGCCCGAAUGCUACUCUGUUUAAGCACCAAAGUGCCUUCGUGUUAUUGUGUGCAUGUUUGCGUGCUUGUGGGACAAUAAAGAAUGCAUGUGGAUCUUACCUUGUCAUUCAACCUCAGCCAUUCUGCCUAUUUUUAUAUAUAGACAUGCUUGCAGCUAAGAUGGAUGGAAUAUUUUUUUAUGAAGAGCUUAGCCUUGAUGGUCUAUUUUUAUUGUGAAAGCCUUACAGGGGGAUGUGAGAACCUUAGUGAUUGGUUUAGUGCUCACCCAAAGAGUCUGCAUGGCUCUGGGUGAUAUCAUUUGUUUACAUGUGUUGUUUACUAUCCACACACUUCCCCAGGGGCAAUACAGCAAUACUGACUCACCAGCAGAUAGAUGGCCAACUGAACUCUCCUGAACCCCAUAACUGAGUAGAGAUAUCAUGAGUACUCAUGUCCGUUUCAGUUGUGACUGACUGACUGACGGGUCAUGAAAAGUCAUGGCCAUAAUGGGACUACUGAAGUCCACAUUUCCCAUCAAUGACAUUUUAUGCAGUCAAAGAAACUGUAAGAGAGGAGUGUUGAAUAUGACCAAUGUCUUAAGAUCUGUCUACAACCUCUGCCUUAUAUUGAAUAGAAAACUUGUUAAAACUCCAUAAUGCAACACCACUCUUGUAGUGAACCAUUGUUCUAUGAUAUCUGCACUGUGGGCAAAGGACAGCGGGGAAGUAGUCUUUACAAGAAACUGUACAGCGUGGUCAUGAUUUAUGAAAUGUACUGUUAAGUUUCUAGAAGAAAAUGCUUUUAAAUGUUUCUGAUCAUCUGAAAUUCAGGGGACAUGGUAGUGAAUGUAUUUAAUUUUGCCAAUUCCAUUUGUAGAGUUUUGUGCUGCGAGAAGUCUACAUAAUGCAUCUAAUUACCAAAUUAAAUGUCAACAAUGUA